AUGAGUGAUAACAGUUCGAAAAAUACUCCUAAUGCAGCAGCUAAUUCGACUGAAUCUACUGUCUGUGAAUAUAAUAUUCAACUGAAAAUCGACAAAUGCGAACAUCAACUGAAGCACGAACUCAAAUUACAUGGUUUAGCUUGGGACAAGAUAAAUUCUAAGGAAGAAUUUAUACGCAAACUGAAACAGGAAAUUGACACGCUUAUCAUUCAAGAAAGUGAAAUUUCUAACUCGAUUAAAAAGUUAAAAACUAAAAUCGAGGAUCUUCGCGAGAAACAAAGCAAAAUCACGGACAAGAAUUAA